AUGAGUGUUGAUUGUUCAUCUUUGUCAAGGGAGGAUGAAUGCGGGUGUAAAUAUCUUGUGGGUUCCUCCAGCAGGCGUUUUGAGGUCUUGAGCUACGAGAUUCCGUUUCCAAAGCGCAAGGAGGUCCAAACGGUCGCGAGAGAUUGCGAGAAGUUGCGAGAAAGCGCGACGAACUCUGAUGGGGCCGGAGCCUGCACAAAGGCCGCGCGCUGGGACAAUGAGCGCAUCAAAGCGGUUCUCGGCCCAAAGACGCGUGAAUCCCAACCCCCUCCAAAGACUCCGCCGGCCCACCCUCCUUCCGCCCACCCCCCUCCAAAGCCCUCCGGCCCACCCCCUCCAAAGCCCUCCAAAGCCCUCCGCCAGCCACCCUCCAAAGCCCUCCGCCAGCCCCCCCCUCCAAAGCCCUCCGCCAGCCCACCCCUCCAAACCUCCACCAACCCACCCCCUCCAAAGCCCUUCGCCAGCCCCACCCCUCCAAAGCCCUCCGCCAGCCCACCCCCUCCAAAGCCUCCGCCAGCCUACCCCUCCAAAGCCCUCCACCAACCCACCCACAUGCCUCUUCCGACGACCUCAAUUCAGUGGCUUUGGUACGAUUAUGGCAUGUUCGUCGAUAAUCCUCUGUUCUGUUUUCAAUCUCUUUUCUAG